AAAUUAUUGAAUUCAUAGCAUUACGUUGCACGCCGACUACUCCUGCUAAAAGUCCUCGCAAAAAGAAUAUCAAAACAACGAUCGCUGAAACCGCCGUUCGAAAUCAAUUGUCGCAGUUGCGUGUCUGCGUUCAACAAUCUACAACAGCCAGCUCAACUGCACUAACGUCCGCAACUUCAACGGCUACGUCGCUAAUUGUUUAAAUGCGAUAAUAUGUAUAGGCGCGCGCAAGCGCGCCACGACAAUGCAUGCCGGCAAAGAAAAGAGACGAAGCAGUGCUGCAGUCGGAGUUACUUCAACUUCUGCUGACGCAGUUGCCGAGAGUAUUGUAAAAACUGAUGUAAAAACUGCUGCAAUUGCUUGUGUAGUAUCAUCAUGCAAUACAGUACAAUAUGACAAGAGUACGAAAUUGCUAAGCGAUUCUCCUGCUGAUAGCACCCACUUCUGGUUAAACGAACAAAGGCGAGUAAAUUGGAAUACGAGGUAUCAUUGGUACCGUGAUCAACAACAAGCUACCAAAAAGCUGCACAGUAGAAGUGGUUCAAAAGUAAGAAGUGCUAUAAUAGAAUUUGACAAUUGUUUACAAGCGGGUAAAUACUUACUUGUAAAGAAGAAUGAAAGAUCACUGUUGACCUCGAGGUCUCAUGAAAAUAAUUUAUUAGCAAGCGAAGAAGAGGAAUGUUGCUGUUGUAGCAAAGAGAGAAUCGUUUACCAGUCAUAUCGUAACCUCAAGCGUACUUCCACGCAACAGUGCAACACUGCCUCAUCUUCAUUGCCAUCAUCUAUUCGUACCCAAACUUUCACCACUCAUCAUUAUCGCUAUCAGCAACGAAGCCGCUGCAUUUUGUACGCAAAUUUAAAAUUAUUCAUUUAUUGGCACGCAUUUUCGCUGUUAGCUUGUUUUGCAGCGACAGGAUUGUGUGCGCGUGCAACCGUCAGUGAAUCAUUUCUGAACCUGAAUGACAUGAAGCAUAGGGAAGAUGAUGUUUCAGAUAUGCUGCUUUUAGAGCAGUCAUCUAAGCAUCUAACAUCCAUCAGCACCAGUGCCAUCACUACUGAUGAUUCAACAUCUGCUCAUUUGAAUCCAUUCCUGAGACACUCCCGCUCCACUUCUGUACGACUAGGAUUGACACUAGAUUCUGUUUGUUACAUUUGGUCUUCAGUGGCACCCAAUGAUUUGUGUAAAUUAGCACCUUGGGCACGGUAUCAGUUCCUUCGUAAAAUUUCCAUCUUCAAUCGCGAUUGUUUAGAAGAAAAUAACAUCAAAGCAGCGCAGUUAUUUCGACUCACGCCUAGAUACGUCAAUAGCGAAACCGAUCUACGAAUGCAAGCUAAAUUUCUUCGUGCAAAUGUUGAAGGACAAGACUGUAUUUUAGCUCCAGCAGGUGCUCAACAGUGCCUUUCUUGCUUUCAAAAGAUUGAUCGAAGUUUAAAGAGAGUGGAUAAAGCAUACGAAAAAUUUAACCUCACGUUACACCGAUUUGAUUGCAUGUUGGCUGUGGAUACUGCGACCGCGACAAGGCCUUUCUCGCCUAAUGGCUCUUGUACUGAUUGUAAGAUUUGGUACCGGAAAUGGUUAAUGAUACAUUCAUUGAAUUUAUGGUCCGUCCCGCCAUGUAUUAAUUGGUGCUAUUAUGUUCAGUUAGCUUGUCCGCAUCUUGCCACUAGUAAAGUGGUUGAUUACGCUGGUCAUCCAAGUUUUCAGUGUAGAGAUCUGCACAUACCAUCAGUUAGUGUUCCUCAGAAUCCAGAUCCCUUAAAGUUAACAACUAUCAUAAAUUCUGCGUCAAAGAAGAAAUCAACAGUCGCAUUCAAGUGCGCAUGUCUUCAUCCCUGUGAUCUAGAAGAAUUUGACAAUCUGGUCGAUAUCACCCGUACUGCUGAACAAAAUCGGCCCAAUAGCUAUUCGAACACCAUCCUUAUGACAAGUAUUGAAGAAGAAGAUUUCUUCCCAUCUCCGCAGCAUUGUAUGGUCAGACGAUAUAUCUGCGGUAGUACGAAGAAAGAAGCAGAAGAACACCGUAUAGUACGUCGAAGUUUAACUACCGAUGUUUCAGCGGUAGCGGAGAAGUUGCGUAAAUUCAAGUUGGAUGAUAUCUCCUUAUCAGAUUAUGUAAUCAGUGUUGCCAGCGUUUUUAUGCGAUCGCCAGAUUCAACUGGAGAUGUACCUCAUCGUCAAGCUAGUGCCGUUCAGGAAAUCUUCACUGAUCCUGUUGGAUAUACUUCCCAAUGGUGGAUGAAACAUCGAGCACGACGACGUUCGCAGUUUAAUGCAAAUGCUGUUACUAGUAUCCCCACUAAUAGUGUUAAUCCUACUACUGCUUCUAUUACUAUUGGUUCCACUACCGUAAUUACACCUACCACCAUCAUCAGUUCCGGUGUCAAUUGGAGAUGGACGAGGUGGAGCACUUGUUCAGGAAUUCCCAUUUAUACCUUGUUUUUUACUUUGUUGUUGCUCAGAAGGCCGCCAUUGCUAUAG